AUGCUAUGUGAAGAACAUUUCGGAGAUCCACAUGAUGACAAGAUCAAGUUUGUAGUGUCUGGGAUAUUUGUUUGUGUCCUUAAGGCUUGUGCGAAUACAUUGGACUGGGAACUUGGGAUGCAAAUUCAUGGCUGGCUAUUGAAAAUGGGGUUUUCAAGAAAUGCAGUUUUGACUAGUUUCUUGAUUAAUUUUUAUGGUAAAUGUAAGUUUUCUGUAGGAGCUGAAUUUUGCUUUGAUCACGUUUAUAGUCGAAAUACUGCUGUUUGGACAGCUAGGAUUACUAGUUUCUGUCGUGAAGAUGAAUAUGAGGGAGCGGUCAAUAUUUUUAGGGAGAUGGGGAGAGAAGGAGUGAGGAAGAACAGCUACACGUUUUCGAGUGUUCUGAAGGCUUGUGGUCAGAUGGGGGAUGGGGGAUAUUGUGGUAGACAAGUUCAUGCUAAUGUGAUAAAAGUUGGAGCCGAAUUCAACAGUUAUGUGCAGUGUGCUUUGAUUGACGUGUAUGGGAGAUGUGGUUUUGUGAAGGAUGCAUCAAGGGCUUUCGAGAUAAGCGAAGAAGCAAGAACUGACGCCUGCUGGAAUGCAAUGCUUACUACUUUCAUACAACAUGGAUUUUGCAUUGAGGCCAUUAAACUUCUUUACAAGAUGAAGGCAGCUGGCUUGGUACCUCCUGAACCAUUGUUUAAUGAAGUGAAAUCUAUUUGUGGGAGUAGAAUUCUUGAACAAGAUUGA